AAAAUUGUCGGCUCUGUAUAAGCCUUCCGAUUUUUGGACGCAUACCCAUUGCCAGUCCACACUCUAGUUUGGGAAACUGCAACAUGUGGAUUUUUGGGUGGAAAGGGGCUUCUGGAUUCUCAGCCUGUUCCACAGCUGAGCAAGUCACACAAGGGAUUGAUGGAACUGGCCUCACUGCUAUUGUCACAGGAGCAUCAAGCGGCAUCGGUGCGGAGACAGCGAGAGUUCUUGCUUUGCGUGGUGUACAUACAAUUAUGGCGAUAAGGAAUUUGGAGGCCGGUAAGAAUGUUGCAGAAGCAAUACUCAAGGAAAUCCCCACCGCUAAGAUUGAUGUUAUGCAGUUAGAUCUCAGCUCAAUGACAUCUGUCAGGAAAUUUGCAUCUGAAUAUAUUUCCUCGGGUUUUCCACUAAAUAUACUAAUUAACAAUGCAGGUAUUAUGGCGACUCCUUUCAUGCUUUCUCAAGAUAACAUAGAAAUGCAGUUUGCAACAAACCAUGUAGGACAUUUUCUUCUGACGGAUCUCUUGCUGGAAACCAUGAAAAGGACGGCGCGUGAAAGCAACCAAGAGGGAAGAAUUGUUAAUGUAUCAUCAGAAGGUCACCGGUUUGCAUACCGCGAAGGAAUUCGUUUUGAAAAAAUUAAUGAUGAAUCAGGCUACAUCAGUUUAUGUGCUUAUGGACAAUCAAAGUUGGCUAACAUUUUGCAUUCUAGUGAGCUUUCAAGACGCCUUAAGGAAGAUGGAGUAAAUAUAACCGCAAAUUCACUUCAUCCUGGAUCAAUAGCUACAAAUCUUCUGCGAUAUCACAGCAUUGUAAAUGAAGCAUUGUCGAUGCAUUGCGUCUCUUAUUGGUAAAUUCGUGCUUAAAAAUGUUCAGCAGGGAGCAGCAACUACAUGCUAUGUAGCACUGCAUCCACAGGUUAAGGGGAUAACUGGUGAAUAUUUUAUGGACAGUAACCUAUCCAGCCCAAAUUCUCAGGCUAAAGAUGCAGAAUUGGCAAAAAAACUAUGGGAUUUUAGCUUGGGAUUGACCAAUCCCAAGUGAGUGGAUGGCCUCAUAUUCUUGUGAACAAGUGCAUUUAGGGACUUUGGGGUGUUGUGUGGAUUUUUAAUUUUAUAUGGUUCUUGAACAUCCCUCUGAGAUUGUAUGUUUAUGUUGAUCAAUCCAUAUUUCAAAAGGUGGUGUGUGCCUAUGUUGUGAAUUAAAUAGGAGGAAACUUUCUAUAAUGACAAAAGCAGUUGUGGGCUUUUUA